CCGUGGCCCCUGACCUCAAGGACGGAAACUACUGUUGCCUGGCAACAGCAAGCCCGUGGGGUUGCAGCAGUCGGCGGCAAAACUGCUACGGGCAGCAACGGCGGCAUGUGCGAGGGCCCGUCCCGCAUCUCGGGGCCCAUACCCCCAGACCCUACAGUCUGCCCUGACUACUACCGCCGGCCGGCCUCUGCCCAAGGACGCCUUGAGGGAAAUGCGCUGAAGCUGGACCUGCUGACUUCGGACCUCGACUUGGAAGCCACCCCUUCGCGCGGCCCCCGCAUAGGUCCUGGAGCCAGAGAGAUCCUGGAGCGAGGCCGGCGUGGCGUCGGGGGAGUGCUGUUGCAACUCGGGGGCAUCUCCCUAGGUCCAGGGGCCUCUCCAAAGAGGAAGGACCCUAAAGACCAUGAGAAGGAGAACCUGAAGCGGAUCAGGGAGAUCCAGAGGCGCUUCCAGGAGCAGGAGCGCACCCGGGAGCAGAGACAGCCCAGGCCCCUGAAGGCUCUGUGGCGCUCGCCCAAAUAUGACAAAGUGGAGUCCCGGGUCAAGGCCCAGCUACAGGAGCCCAGCCCUGCCUCUGGAACAGAGCCUGCCCACUUCCUGCGGGCACACUCCCGCUGCGGCCCUGGGCUGCCACCACCCCGUGUCCCCAGUCCUCAGCUAACCCCACCAGGCCCCAGUGCUAAGGGGCCAGGCCUGGGUGUGGACUUCAUUAGCCACAAUGCCCGCACUGCCAAGAGGGCCCCCCGGAGGCAUUCCCGCUCACUGCAGGUCCUGGCACAAGUGCUGGAGCAGCAGCGGCAAGCCCAGGAGCACUACAACACCACGCAGAAGGGCCAUGUGCCUCAUUACUUGUUGGAACGCAGGGAUCUGUGGCGGCGGGAGGCCGAGGCCCGUCAGCAGAGCCAGCCGGACCCUGCCAUGCCCCCAGGCCACACUCGCAUGCCUGAGAAUCAGCGGCUGGAGACCCUGAGCAAUCUGCUCCAGAGCCAGAGCCAGUUGCUACGUGAGCUGGUGCUGCUGCCUGCCGGCGCAGAUUCACUCAGGGCCCAGGGCCACCGUGCGGAGCUGGACCGGAAGCUGGUGCAGGUAGAGGAAGCCAUCAAGAUCUUUUCCCGCCCCAAGGUCUUCGUGAAGAUGGAUGCCUGAGCCCUUUUAUGGGGGUAGUUGUGUGAGUCCUCACUGGGGAUGGCCACACAGUUGCAAAGGCAGGAUGAGGCCCCAUCAUGGACUGGAGUUUGAAGACAGGAGAGUGGGGUGGGCAGUAUCCCCAGAGCACUCUUCCUAGCCACUGGUGGAUGUAGAAGGACCAGCUCAGCCUCUUAACCCCUUUGUCCAAAUUAAACCUUUUGUACACAGUGAGGAUUGUUUCUGUAAGAGCUUUUCUUACCCUAGAAAUGCCAAGCCUGGUGUCCCUCCUGCUGCUCAAUUGCAGGAAGGUCUCUCUGUUAUCCUUAUCACUACUG